UGAUAUAGUCAUGUAUCGCCGGUGUGACGUCACACGUCCUUCUACGCCGGCAAUUUUGCAACAGCUCGUCACCGCGAUUUACGGCUAAGAGGAAACCGCUGCAGCCGCCCUUUUUAUGCUGGAGGUUUUGAGAACAUGGCAUACCCACUUUUCAUGAAGCUCUGCAUGUUUACACAGAAGCACAAAGGAAAGCUGCUUGCUGUAUCCUCUGUUGGCCUUUUUACCGUAAAUAUAUCCUACCAUCUUUUCCCAGAGCAAACCUUCAGAAAAUUGUAUCAGGGCUGGUCAAAAGGAGAAUUAUCCCAGCUCACUGGAACACAGCAGAGACUUUUUCACGAUAUUUUCAAAGAGGUCCAGUUGGUGUCAUCAUCUGGGUUCACCCCUUUUGCUGCCUACGGGUUUCAGCCUGUGAGUGCUGGUAUACCCUGGCUUCCUCAAGGGUGUUUGCUUGGAAUACCUGCAAAUUACAACAAUACAGAGAACAGCGGAGUUGGAAUUGUUAAUCGUAUGCUAGUGAUUAAUGGAAAGGAGGUAGAUUGGGAAAGCGAAGCUGGAAUCCAUUUAAGAGACUCAUUAACCUUAUCAGAAAAAGCUCAGAAGUUCUCCUUGGCUAGGGAAGUCGUACAUGCACAGAUGAAUGGUCAGAUAUUACAGGCUUCUGUUGCCCCUCUCUGCCUAUCUAGUGUGUGCCUUUCCAGUGUGGCAAUUAAGCAGCUUCUAGGCGUGUAUUCUGGCCCUGUGUUAUUGAGGGGUGUGUUCAAUUUAGUCGCGGUUGUGCUUGGAUUUACAUUCUAUUUCUUGUGUGACGAUGCAGUGAGUCAGUGGCUGGAUUACAAGUCUGAUCUGAAAACAGCCACAAUUUCUAAAUCCUAUUCCCAAGGUGGAUUGGAGUUUUAUGAGAAAAUACUGGCACGUAACAGGGUCCUGCGGGCUAUUAUGGGUAAGGAGGGUGAAGCUAUUUAUGCACCGAGUGGCAAUCUGUUUCCCAAACAUAAACUACGGUUAAAGCAUGCCCCAUAUACCUCCAGGAGGGACCGGAUACAACACACUCUGGAAAUGCAGCAGGGAUGAUCAGGAUUUGGACAGUGGACUACUAGAAAAUGGUGACUUUUUCACUGAGGCAGCAGCAACAUUAUAGUUUAUGGAUUGGACCUUAUGUAUUUAAAUUGGCUUGUAUUAAGUUAUGUAUAUGGAUCUAUAGAUGAUCUUUUGUUGAGAAAAAAAUAUUUACGAGUAAACACAGGUUUACUGACACUUGUUUCAUAGAGAUAUAUGGAUUUACCUCAUUACACUUUCACGAUCAUUUAAUAUGCCAGAUACCUCUUAUACCAUUAAAAAGUAAGUGUCCUUCUGCUGCAAAUAGAUGACUAAAGUAUUGGAUAAAUAACAAUUCCUGUAAAUAAUACCCAUAUUUUCAAUUGGAGCUUUGUAGAAAAAUAUGUAUGUCUUCCACUCAGUACAAUAUUAUCUAUAAACGAGUCCAGUAUGAUAUCCCGGCGCACAGGAUGCUGGCAGUCAGAAUACAGAUGCCGGUAUCCCGAUAGUUAGAAACCCAAUGGGGGUAAGUAAAUACGUUUCACCCAUCUCCACUACCACCUAACCUCCCCUCUUACUGCCCAACCCUAACCUUCCUCCGUUGGUGCCUAUACCUAACCCCCCACCUGCCCUGCAGCAUAACUCUAAUAAUCCCCCCCCCCUCUCCCGGGUGGCGCCUAAACCCUCUCUCUGACCCUAAUCGGCCAGCUAUAUUUACACUAUAAAGUUGUGACUCCACGCCCUCAAUACAAAGAAAUUGGGCUCUACUCGACACCCUCAAUACAAAGAAAUUGCUUACACAAUUAGUAUACAGCAGGAUUCAAUUCCACAGAUAGUUCAUUGAUGGAACAUCACUAAAAUAAAUAAAAUACAGGCAUAGCGUAACCCUGUUAAAAACAAAUGCUGUUUUUAUUUCCUUAGGCCCUCUCACAUAGAUAUGAAAUCUUAUCGUUAUAGUGUUUUAGUUUUGUUUGAAUCACGGUGAAAGGUUCUGUUUGCCUCCAGGGGCUGCUACUAAUAUUCAAGCGCACGAAGGGGGCUGUUUUUCUUCCUUUGUACCAGCUAUAUUUACAGUCAGGAUGCCAGAGUCUGUCUCCUCUGACCCUUCUGGGAUUCUGGCAUCGGUAUUCUCAAGAGGGUCAGAGGGUCAGUGCUGUGUAAUUGUCUACUUUUUUACAUGUCGACCUAAUGACCCUGAUGUCCUUUUGACCAUGUCGACCAUACUGGGUCAUCCUAUUGCCUGUCGACCUAAUUGCAAAUAAUUAGUACAGCCUGUGGAUUUUCUGGAAUGUGUUAGGCAUUAAUGAAUACAUCUAUGCUCCAGCAAGGAGAUAUGGAAAACAUGAAGCUAGGGGAUGAUUUGGGAAAUGCUGUAUAAUGGUCUUCUUAAUGCAGCUUGUAUUUUGCAGGAUAUGACUUUUUGUUCAGGUUGGUCAGUGCUGUCCAUGAUUCUUAGAUGGAGUGGUCACAUAUCCACAAAACUUGUCAUAAGCUAAUCGCUUAAAAGAAAGGAAAACUGUGUGCUACUCUUAUAAAGCUGCAAUUCCACAUACUGUAGACUUUCUUUUCAUACAGUAGGUACUGUAUGCACAGUGGGUCUGAUUCAAAUGUGGACGGAGUGCUGUCCUGCACCGCAAAGUACCGAUGUUCACAACAAACAGGUCCUGCCACGCAGGACGGCAGCAGAUUGUCGGUGAUUGACAGCCUGUUGCCGUUUGGAGGGCGGUGGAGGAGUAGAGCCGGCCUCCGUUUCUGAAAAUGUAGACGUAUCGCUGCGUUGCCAUGGAGGGACGAGAUCAGGAUCUUUGUCAGAGAGAUGAGUCACACAGUUGGCCGAUGGUAUCGGAAAUGAUCUGAUACUGCGUCCCUCGACGCAACUCAGAUCGGUAAUGCAGCAAGAGGCAUGGAGUCUCCUGUUGCAUCACCAUAUUAGUGCUAUAGCAACUCCAACCACAUCUGAAUUAGUCCAGUGCUUGUAAUAUGAAGGUUUUUGUUCAGGAUGACUUCCUAUAUCUCAGUCUCCCCGUUCUAAAUUUCUCUUUGGAUGUUGACUUUUUUGUGUUUUCAAGAAAGUGUCUCUAACAUGGAAACAUCUGAAGCCUCUUGCCAAGAGAAUAUUAUGUGACCGUAGUCAUAGCCUUUCAGAAAGCACCUCACUGAUCAUGUGAUGGCAGAGAAAAGAGCGGGAUUGUGCUAUUAGCAUGCAUUUGAAGAUGUUCAUUCCAUACUAACUCUGCACACUAAAUCUUAUGUCAUGUGACUGUGGUUACCAAUGCCAUGGCAACUAUGGGGGUACUGUAAUUCAGAUCUGACCGCUGAUCUGCUAAUUUUGCUGUCCUGCGAUCAGAUAGUUGCUGCCUCCAGGGGGAGUGUAAAUUCACAGUGCAAGUUUGAGAUGGCAUGUGUAUGUUGACCUGCGAAAAUCUAGUGUGUGCAGUUUGUGCGCAACCCAGGACUUACUCCUCCAGUGUGAUGAGAACAGGCUGAUUGGGGCCGAAGCUGACGUCGGACACCCUCCCUGAAAAUGCUUUCCCUAUGUGCCUUGCUAUAGGUAGGCUUACCAUACUACUGUAUCUCUUUACACCGGGACGCUCAUGGAUUACACAGGUUCUGUGGAUGAUUAAAACCAGGUGAAAUGCAGGCAUGAAGUCAGCUAGCCACAGAACCGGUGUAAUUAAUUAGUGUCCCGGUGGGAUAGUAUGAUAAGCCUAGCUAUAGGUAACCAGAGUAAAAAGCAGACCUUUUUUUCAUAAGACUUUAGUUUUAAUGGAGAUUAACUAAAGAUAAUAAAAAGGACAAUUGAUUCUUGUAGGAACUACAUUGUCAUGUGCUUUAGAUAAAAUGGAUGGCAGCCCAUGAACAAACUAAAGUAUAUAAAUAAGAUAACUGUCUAUUGUUUCAUAUUGCUAAGGUACAACAUAUCCUUCACAUCAGACCCAUUGCAUUGUUAUUAAAUGAUUCCUAUUGUC